AUGCCUUACCCAUAUCCAGAUACCAUCACAGGGCCCGAGUUGGUCGCUGAAUACGCCUCCAUCAUCAAGGGCAAGACCAUCCUCACUACUGGCGUUUCUCCCAACACUCUAGGCGCAACAUAUGUAGAGUCGGUUGCGGCAGGCCAGCCAAAGCUGAUUAUCCUCGCGGGAAGGAGCCUGGACAAGGUCAAGCAAACGGCCGAACUGGUAGCCAAAGCGCACCCAGAGGUCAAGACCAAAGUGCUGGAGCUUGAUUUGACAUUGUUUGCUUCGGUGCGAAAGGCGGCUGAGGAGGUCAACUCUUGGGGCGACGUCCCCGUGAUUGACGUGUUGGUGAACAACGCGGGCAUCAUGGCGGUGCCCUACGAAAUAUGCGUCGACGGGUUUGAAAAGCAAUUUACAGCCAAUCAUCUCGGCCAUUUUCUCUUCACCAACUUGAUAUUGGACAAGAUCCUCGCGGCAAAGGACGGUCGAGUGGUGAAUAUCAGCAGCGGUGCGCAUUACAUUAGCGGCAUUCGUCAUGCGGACAUCAACUUUGAUCAAGGUAAAACGUACGAAAAAUGGGCGGCGUACGCUCAGUCCAAGACGGCCGGCAUUCUCUUCUCCAGAGAACUUGCCAAGAGGCUGGGAGACCGCGGGCUUCUGUCAUUCAGUGCGAACCCAGGAGCGAUUGGGACGACCCAUCUGGCCGCCCAUCUUGACUUUUCACCUGGAAAAGACGCAGAGGAAACCUUUUCUCGAAUGGGUGGAGCGCCAUAUGGCUGGCAAAUACCGGAGCUGAUUUCCCCAGAGCGAGGUGUCUCUUCUCACGUUUUUGCAUCUUUUGACCCAGUCCUCAAGGCUCACAACGGCGCGUAUAUCGAGCAAAGGGCUCGGAUAGCAGAUUACUAUGUCGAUUGCGUUAGCCCCGCGGCCAUUAGCGAUAUUGAGGCGGGAAAACUGUGGCCACUGAGCGCAAAGGCUGUUGGCCUGUAG